UCCUCAUUCCAUACAUCAUCUCUUCCAGUUCAACGCCUUUCUUCUUGAUUUCUUCAUCCUCUGCAGUUUAUAGCUUCAAUGACGAACCCGAUUGCUAUUGCUCCUUCAAUCCCUGACUCCAGGGUUUCUUUUCCUGAUACCCUUUUGCAAUCUUUUGAGAAUCUUCAUCUCAACAAUAUUGGAAUUGGCAGCGAAUAUGCAAUUUCACCGUACUUAACAGCACCUGCUACGAGCAAUACAGGAGGAAUUUUUUUGGCCCCCAAUUUGCAGUUUCCUACAGAACGUUUCUUGCCUUCAAUCAACCAUGUCGGUGGCGGGGAGACCACGACUGCGGUACCGGUGCCUUCUGAAAACUCAAUAAUCCUCCGUUCGGCUUUGACUCCAUAUGGCUCCCAAAAACUCCAGCAGUAUUUAGCUUAUAAGGAUUCAGCAGUUAUAAACCUCGUAUUUGAAGCGGUAAUAGACUCAAUUUUCGAGAUCAUGACGGACCAGUUCGGACAUCAGGUGUUUGGAAACCUGAUUCCCCUCUGCAAUCAGAAUCAGCUGAAUAUGAUUGCAACCAUGAUUGUGAUGCACCAAGAUACAUUCAUCAAAGUAUGCCUUGAUAACUACGGUUCUCCUUCAGUGAAAAGGCUCAUCAAACUUCGGGUGAAAUCAUACUAUUUAGAUGGUGCGAUUGUGAGGGCUCUGCACCAGGGGUUCCUACAAUUGAUGGUCCAUAAAACGGGAUGUCACGUUAUAUUGCAAUGCAUGGAGACCCUUAGUAUUGAAGACAAUGAGUUACUGUAUGAAGCAACUAUAAACAAUUUCUUUGAUUUGGCUAUGGAUGUUAAUGGAUGCUUGGCAUUGAAUAGUGUGAUUGAUGUGAUUAAGGGUCCUAGAAGAAAUGAGCUCCUGGAAGCCAUUGCAGAUUUAGCUGUGUGCCUCUCCCAAGAUCCUUAUGGAAACUUUGUGGUGCAGAACCUGCUGGGACUCCAGUACCCCAACAUCACAAAGAAAAUAUGCUAUUUGUUGAAGGAUCACUACGCAAGGAUCUCGAUGCUGAAAGGCGGCAGCCAUGUGGUGGAAAGAUGCCUCAAGUCUCCAGAGAGGGGUUAUGCAGUUGAAGCUUUUGUGGAGUGCCAAGAGCAAGUACUAGUGAAUGUUGCCAGGGAUCAAUUCGGGAAUUAUGUCAUCCAGACAGCACUCAAGGAAACAAAGCAUGCCGACCGCGCACUCCAUGACAGACUUGUAAUGAAACUCAGAUCACAUCUUCGAGAUCUGCAGCGUGGAUAUGGAAGGAACGUCUGCAAUUUGAUCUGUAACCAAGACUCUUACUAACUGUGGAUCAUUCUAUGAGUCGGAUUGCAUGUUAUUCCCUAUGCUUAACUCUCUGAGCUUCUACUCAUCUGUUUAACAUUACCAUAUACGUACGUGUUUUGUUUCCUGCUUUCUUUUUCAAGAUUAAUGUAUAGAGUGUUGAUCAAAAUUUCUAUGACCAAUGUAAGACAUUCAAGUUAUAAAUAUCGGUUCUGGUU